AUGGGUACACACUCUCUAAUUGAGCCCCAUGCCUGGGUCAUUCUCCGACUUCCCAAUGGGAGCACGCGACUCCUUCAGAUCACCCCAAACACAACUCUUUCCCUGGGCAGAUAUGGCUGUUUCCCAAGCAACCUCAUUAUAAGACGUCCAUACCAUCUUACCUACGAGCUCCAGGACAAAGAUGCAUCGAGCAAUUCCUUUGCCCGCCUCCGCAUUGUGCCCGCCUCCGAGCUCCACGCCGAUGUAAUAGCCGAAGAGUCCACAUCCUCUCGACAAGAUAGCGCCGCUCCCGAGGACAACAUAAUAUCAGCAACAGAUGGUGUCGAGUACAGCCUGGUAGACAGCGAGACCGGAGCGGUAGUCGUCCGGUCUAACCGCGAGAUCAUCGACGACAAUGCGAGGCAGACGCUGACUUGGGAGGAGAUUGAGGCGCUGAAGCGCGACGGGACGGACUCGGGCCAGGACCUGAUUGCGAAGCUUAUGCUGGCACAUACGGGCAUGGACCAAAAGACAACUUUCAGUAUGGCCAAGUACAAGCUGCUGAAGGAGAAGAAGUUUUUGAGAAGGUUUACGGUCUUGCCAGUGGACGUGAACAAUUUCGGAAAUUUCUGGAUGGGCGAGAGGGACGGGAGUAAGAUCAUGGAGAUGAAGGAGGAGAUGAUCGGGCUCGUUGGCUGCUGGGCAAAUGUUCACUUCAGUGGAGUGGAUCAUGCGGCAGUGGACGAGAUACCCCCCAAGGAAGAAACAGAGGAGAUGGAGAUUGAGAAUGCGCGAAAGCCAAGGCAAACUGAGGGCAUAAGAUACCUGGUCGUAGAUGACACAGGUGGUUUACUCGUGGCAGCACUGGCCGAGAGGAUGGGAGUCCUAUAUCCGAGCGACGCCAAGAGCGCAGAGAAAGGCGCGGAAGAGCGUUCAAACGGUGUUGCCCAGCCGGAGAUCGAUGCCAAGGAGACUGCUUCGUCAGGCAAGCGUGACCACGCAGGAAACCCGAAGGAAUCUGGAGAGGUGAUAUCGCAACUGCACUCUUCUGACGGCACAGAGCCCUCUUCCAAGAAACGCCGACAACCACCGCCUCGAAAAUCCGACUUUCACAUCCCCUACAGUUCCACCAAUACCAUGACCCUGGUCCAUACCAAUGGCCAACCUAAUCUCACCCAUCUCAACUACUGGCAAUAUGACAGCACGAAUCCGAACCACCCACCACAUCCACUCCUCAACCACCUUCUCUCUCUCACCUGGCUCCAACUGUUAGAGCCUCAACUCGACUCCGUCUACACCACCGAGCCCCCGACCAACACGACCGAGGAGGUCUCCUCCUGGAAACCCAACCGCCGCGGAAACUACCACCGUAAGCGACGGCGCUGGGCGCGCACACGGUACGUCGUCGACACCGCACGGGCAGGCGGCUUUAGCGGACUCGUGGUAGCAAGCACUAUGGACCCUAUCUCGGUGCUGCGGCCUCUGCUCCCGCUGCUCGACGGCGGCGCGCCUGUCGCCAUCUACAGCCCGCACAUAGAACCGCUCGCCAAGCUCGUCGACUGUUUCAGCGUGGCCAGGCGGGCCGCCUUCAUCGGGCGCCCCGACACCGCCGGCAAGACGCCGGAGGAGCUCGAGCGGUGGGAGGGCACGGAGGAGUUUCCCCUCAAUCCCCAGCUCCUGCUGGGCGUGCAGCUGCACAACAGCAGAGCAAAGAAGUGGCAGGUCUUGCCCGGCAGGACACACCCCGUGAUGACGACCCGCGGGGGUGCCGAGGGAUUCGUAUUUACAGCCUGGCGGGCGAAGCCUGCCGAGGGCAAGAUUGCGGCGAGAGGCAAGUUCCAGAAGAGGAGAACCGGGGCGAGCACGGCCGAGGGGGGGACUCCUGCCGAGGCUGCUGACACUCGUAUGUCUGGAUUUAGCUGGGGCACCGAUAUCAGAUCACCUUGA